AAUGACACUACCAGUAAAUAAUGAAAUUCCAGUCUUUAUCAUCUUCACCUUGAAUUUUCAAUUCAAAGUCUAACAAAAUCGAAAAUCCAAUUAAAACCAUUUGUUAGCUCCAUGUUUUGAUUGCAAAACCAAAUCGUUUUGUUCAUUUUCACUAAAUUAUGCAAAAAUCAGGAGGUGGAGGUGGAGGUGGAGGAUUAAUGGCAUGGAACGUGUUCAAAUUUUGCACUGCUUUGCGUGCCCUUGGCUCAAUAAUGAUGGUAUUGGUUAUCGGAAUAAUUGGGGUCACUUAUUAUGUUGUUGUUAUAGCUGAUUAUGGUCCAGCUGUCUUUCACGGUGGCCUUGAUGCGUUUACUUCUUUUAUUGUCUUGCUUUUGUUCCAUUAUUUGUUGGUGAUGCUAUUGUGGAGCUACUUUGCUACAGUUUUAACGGAUCCUGGUGGUGUCCCACCAAAUUGGCGGCCUUCAAUAGAUGAGGAGAGAGGUGAGGCAGAUCCAUUGAUGAGGAUAGAACAUGGUGAUGCAAAUUCAGGUUUAAAUCAGUUUACUAUACUUGGUAAGCCAGAUGAUCAAAGAAUGCGAUUCUGUCGAAAGUGCAACCAGUUUAAACCACCUCGAUGCCAUCACUGUUCUGUUUGUGGGAGAUGUAUAUUGAAAAUGGACCACCACUGUGUUUGGGUUGUCAAUUGCGUUGGGGCAUUAAACUACAAAUAUUUCCUUCUUUUCUUGUUUUAUACAUUUCUUGAGACAACUCUUGUCACCUUAUCAUUAUUACGGCUCUUUGUAGCAUUUUUUACUGACAGUGAUGCAGAAGUAACUGAAACACCAGGAAUCCUUGUAGCCACUUUUAUCACAUUUGUAUUGAACUUAUCAUUUGCAUUGAGUGUUGUGGGCUUCCUGAUUAUGCACAUAUCAUUAGUACUAGCCAAUACCAGUACCAUUGAGGCAUAUGAGAAAAGAACUGAUCCUAAAUGGCGUUAUGAUCUUGGUCGGAAGAAAAACUUUGAACAGGUGUUUGGGAUAGACAAGAGGUACUGGCUUAUCCCUGCUUAUUCAGAAGAUGAUCUGAAAUGCAUGCCGGCCCUUAAAGGUUUUGAAUACCCAACAAGACCUAAUCUCGAUGAGCUUCAACAGCUUUAAUUACAUUUGGCGGCAGUUACAAGGGGCUAUAUUUGUACGCCUUUCCUUUUCAUCAUCUUUCUUAUGGUUAAGUGGGUCACAGUUCACAGUUGCAAGAUCGUUUUACAUUGCGGGCUCUAACAAGUUGAGGAAGCUUGAACGGAGAUGCUUAUUUAUGCAAAAGACUCAUUGGCAUGACUUCAGACAUGAGAGCGUUGUCUGGCUGGAUUACAUUGAUGGAAAACUAUACAUUUCUGUAUAUAUGUCAAAUUUUGCUUUAUGUUCAAGUGAUACUUGCGAUGCUCCAUUCUGCUGCUUAUUUUUCUAAAUCGACAUUUUAGCUUCUGCAA